AUGCAGAGGGAGGAGACUCCGAUACAGUGUCCGUGGACUGUGGACUGCGGACGAAAUCGAGAGCGAGCGAGCGAUCAAAGGGGGAGACAUUCCAUAGACGCAGAAGGCAAAAGCUCUGUCCACGCAGAGAUGGCAGACAGCACAGAGGUCCGCAUCCCUCUGGACGUGAGAGCCCUCCAGGAAUUCCUGCAGCGCAAUCUCCCGGCUCGCCCUGGGCCCUGGGGGCCUCUCUCCGUGCGUCAGUACAGCGCGGGUCAGUCCAACCCCACGUAUUACCUCCGCACGGCCGCGGGACAGGAGCUGGUACUGCGCAAGAGUCCUCCCGGUGCCCUCCUGCCUGGAGCUCACCAGGUGGACAGGGAGUUUCGGGUGCAGCAAGCCCUGAGCUCCGUGGGGUUUCCUGUGCCCCGGCCACUUCUGUACUGCCAAGACAAGUCCAUCAUCGGAACUCCAUUUUACGUGAUGGAGCACGUCGAGGGCCGCAUAUUCCGAGAUCCGGCCUUGCCGGGGCACAGCCCGGCCGAGCGUGCGGCGCUGUACGUGGCCAUGAUCGAGACCCUGGCCAGGCUCCACUCGCUGGACUGGGAGGGCCUCGGUCUCAGUGGCUUUGGCAAGAAAGGAGGAUACUGCAAACGACAGGUGCUCACCUGGACCAAGCAAUACAACGCCGCGGCACACACGGACAUCGACAGCAUGAACAAGCUGUCCGAUUGGCUGCAGAAAAACCUUCCGGGCGACGACAGCGAAGCGAAGCUUGUGCACGGAGACUUCAGGAUAGACAAUCUGAUUUAUCACCCCACAGAGGCUCGUGUGAUCGCGGUAUUGGACUGGGAGCUGGCGACGAUCGGGCACCCGCUGGCUGACCUGGCCUACAAUUUCCUGCCGUACCACCAGCUCCCAACUGGUGCCAUGACCUCGGUACUGGGCAGCGUCCCCAUCCCAACCGAGGCCGAGCUCCUGUCCGUGUACUGCCGCUGCCGGGAAACGCCAGCGUCCCCCCUGCCCCACUGGAAUUUCUUCAUGGCCUUGGCUCUGUUCAAGAUCGCUUCCAUUGCCCAAGGAGUGUACGCCCGCCACCUGCUGGGCAACGCCAGCGCGGAGAACGCCUCCCAGUUCUGCGGCGCCGUGCAGCCUCUGGCCGAGACGGCGCUCGCUUUAGCCACAGCGGUGCCUGCCAAGGUCGAAGGGAAGUUCAGUUCCCCUGAGCUCUUCAGGCCUUCCCCAGUGGGCCAGCUGAUGCUCGACAAGGUCCGGGCCUUCCUCCGCGAGCAUAUCUACCCUGCAGAGCCGGAGGUGCUGCAGUACUACCAUCAGCACGCCUCGUCCCCACUGCGGUGGAAACGCCCUCCCAUCAUCCAGCAGCUCAAGGACAGGGCUAAGGCGGCGGGCCUGUGGAACCUGUUCCUGCCGGCGGUGAGCGGCCUUGGCCAGCUGGACUAUGCCUUCGUGGCGGAGGAGACGGGACGCUGCGUCUUCGCUCCCGAAAUCUUCAACUGCCAGGCGCCGGACACGGGCAACAUGGAGGUUCUUCAUCUCUACGGGACGGAGCAACAGAAGAGGGAUUGGCUGGAGCCCCUGCUGCGCGGGGAGAUCCACUCCUGCUUUUGCAUGACAGAACCCGACGUGGCAUCCAGCGACGCCACCAACAUCAGGUGCAGCAUCCGGAGGGACGGCAACCACUACGUGGUGAAUGGGCGCAAGUGGUGGAGCAGUGGAGCUGGUAACCCAAACUGCACGUUGGCGGUGGUGAUGGGAAAGACUGGAGAUGAUUCCCUGGCCAGACACAAGCAGCACAGCAUGAUACUGGUUGCCAUGGACACACCGGGAGUCAAGAUCAUCAGGCCCCUGAUGGUGUUCGGCUAUGACGAUGCCAUUCAUGGAGGGCACUUUGAAAUCCACUUUGAGAACGUGCGAGUUCCUGCCUCCAACAUACUGCUGGGCGACGGCCGGGGGUUUGAGAUCGCCCAGGGCAGGCUGGGGCCAGGCCGCAUCCACCACUGCAUGCGAACGGUGGGACUGGCCGAGAGGGCGCUUGAGUUGCUGUGCCAGCGAGCGGCCACCAGGCAGGCGUUCGGCCGCAAGCUCUACGAGCACGAGGUCGUCCUUCACCAGGUGGCCGAGUGCCGGCUGGAGAUUGAGCAGUCGCGGCUGCUGACGCUGAAAGCUGCGCACGCCAUCGACGCCGUCGGCGCCGCCCGUGCCCGCAAGGAGAUUUCCAUGAUCAAAGUGGCCGCCCCCCGCAUGGCCUGCAAAGUGUUGGACCGCGCCAUUCAGGUGCACGGGGGUGCAGGGGUCUCGGAAGACUUCCCUCUCGCGCAUAUGCUCGCGUUGGCGCGCACCCUGCGGUUGGCAGACGGGCCGGAUGAGGUCCACCUCUCGGCCAUUGGCAAGCAAGAACUCGGGGAGCAGCUGAAGGCGAGGCUGUGAUCAUGUGACCACCGCGUGAGCUGCCCAGGCAUAUCGGGCAGAGGACUGCGCUGCGCAAUUUCGGUCGUGGUGAUUGUGACUGAUGUUUGCUAUCGUAGGGAGACUCAAGGGGAAUUUGUUCUUCUGAUCGGGCUUCGUGUGACGUUUAUCCGGCACAUGCAAGUACCUUUUUGGCGAUGUGCUGUAAAGGUUUGUGAUUUACAGUUAAGAAUAAGGGAUUUACAAAAGUGUCACGUGGAAUGUGAUGAAAGGGUUUAGAAAUAUGUAAUAAUUUCACAGUGUUUAUUUUUUUUGAGUGCAGUACAAAGGUAUAUGAUAGAGCACGUGUAAUCAUUGAAGUUAAUGUACAUAUAAUUACGAAUAUUAUUUCGAGCCAUUAAUUUUAAUCGGAGAAAAACAAACUCGCACGUUUCUUAACCUGAUGGAAAUGGAACGCAUUCUUACACUCACAGGGGCCUUGUUAAUAUGUAGUAUAAAUAUAUUAUUUAAUUGAUACUACAAUGUAAAAAAUUAUGCCUAUUCGAAAACACACAAAGACAUCGAUUUUUAGAUAGUCGAUGGGUUAAUUUGCGCGAUUUCACUUUGUGUGUCUCCCCCCCUUAUGUAACGCAUUUCCUCCCGCACAGAGCGAAGGAAACCUGUUUAGCCUUAAUGCUACAGACAGUAUCACGAUGUUUAGAGACUUAUAUUUCGGAUGGAAUGGCAUCUCAGCAACAGGCGGUGGAACUCCGACAAUUCGCGGGUGCAUUGUCCCUCUAAUAAAAAAAAAGUAUCAGAGGUUAAUGUCAUAGCUAAAAAAUACCCAAACAACUCUAUAACACAAAGUGCCUGUACGUCAAAAUGCACCGAUGAGCCAAGUAGCUGCAAAACAUUCCUGCGGAGGUAGCUGGUAGGAACGUUGGGUUGCUCGGUCAAUGGCCAGGGUCAAUGGCGGCGUGGUGUAUUCCACAAAUAUGGCCGACUGUGAGGGCGGGCACAAGCCGGCGUGAGUAGGUUAAACGUUGAGUUUUAUAAGGGCACCACGGGGUGAGCAGCCCCUCCCCACCCAGCCCCACCCCUCCCACCCCCCACCCAGCCCCACCCUCCCCACCCAGCCCCUCCCCACUCUCCCCACCCAGCCCCUCCCCA